UCGACCAUGACACUGGACCACAUCGAACUGUAUCGGUCAGCAAGAUCGAACCAGACAAUCUACCUUAAAUGUUUGAACAGUUUUAAACACUAAUUUUUAAACUAUCUAUAUCACUAAUUAUAAUUAUUAUUUGAAUAUUACAAUGUGUACAAUGCGUGGAAACAACUUGUACAUUGUUACCGUCACGGCACUUUUGGCGACCGUACAAAUCCUUUCAGCUGCCACCGUCAACUCUGACAGAGGUUUAGUCAGAUACUCUGAUGAACAGCAUGUACCCUAUCGCCAAGUACAUUCUCAAGUUAAUCCUGUGUCAUCUAAAACGAAAUCAAAUCAAAAUAAAACAAAGAAACCAGUGGAAUCUACUGUUACGCAGAAAAAAGCUGCGCCUAUCAAAGCAGUCAAUAGAAAACCACCAAAGCCUGUUGACGAUACACUGAAAAGAGAAUAUGAAGAAUUUUUACGCCAACAAAUCCAACAGUGGCAAAUUGCUGUAGUUAAUGGUCAAACAGUUGCUCCUUCUUCUGCAUCUCAAUCUGCUGGGCAAUCACCAUCAGCUGUGUGGAUACAAGUUCCUGCUAAUGGAUAUUAUCCGUCGCCAUCAUAUGGUUACCCUGCUUAUCCACCACCAUAUGCAUCACAAUCUUAUCCUCCACCUUAUCAACAACCAUCACCCUAUCCUCAACCAUCACCAUAUCCACAACCUGCACAAUAUCCACAACCUGCACCAUAUCCUCAAGAGCCAUCGAACCCAGCACAACCCAUUCCUAGUCCACCAGAUUUUUCACAAACAAAUGGACCAGCGCCUCAAUCAGAAGAAGGCGAUCCCAUUACUAUAGAACCACCAUAUUUUCCAGGUACUCCACUUCCAAGUGUUGCUGAACCUGAUAUACCUGAAGUCACACAAGCUCCUGAAAUUUCAACUGAUAAACCUGACACUACUACAACUUACAAACCAGAAAUAUCCACAGAAUUACCUGAAGUAAUACCAUCUGAACAAACAGUUGCACCACAAAUUCCUGGUCAACCAGAAGAAAUAGUGACAGUUAAACCAAUCGAACCAUCUACUGAAAUUCCGACAAUUCGACCACCAGAACCUGAAAUUAUAGUUAAUUCUACUGUACAACCUACAAAUGAAGUCGAAUAUACAUCAUCAUCCUCUACAGAAUCCUUAAAAGCUCAAUGUAAAGAACCUAGAGGGCAGUUCCCCAGUGAAAAAUCUUGCAAUACAUUUAUUAACUGUUGGGAUGACACGGCAUUUGAACAAUCUUGUCCUGCUGAAUUAGCUUUUAAUGCACAAAAACAAUAUUGCGAUUAUCCUCCAAAUGUAGAUUGUGGUGGAAAACCAAUUACUUCAACAGGAGAUUCUUCAAGUAGUUUAAAUAGUGGAGGUAAUAACACUAAAUGUCCAGAUGGUUAUGGUACAUAUCGUAGCAAAGAAAAUUGUGGAGCGUUUUAUGUUUGUGUCGCAGGAAUACCUGUUGACUUUAUAUGUCCCGGUGGAACAAAUUACAACGAAGAUUUGAAAAUCUGUGACUAUCCAUAUCGUGUCGAUUGUAAAGGUUUACCUAGUAAUCCAGAACCCAUAGAAACUGGAACCGAAAUUGGCCAAACUACUAUUUUUGAAACAAGCUCAGAAGUAUCGUAUACUACUUCAUCAUCGACACUUUCAUCAGCAGAGUCUUCUCCAACUACAGAAGUUAUUUCAACAUCACCGAUUGCACCAACUUCAGAAUCAAUCCCUGAGCCAUUAGCAUAUAAUUAUAAUUUACGAAGAAUUCCACCAAGUAUAGUAAAUACUGGUGUACGAUGUAAUCACAGAAGUAUAUAUAGAUUGACACCUGAUUGUUCUUCAGUAACACUUUGUCGGAAUAAUUAUACACACAUUAUAAAUUGUGCUUAUGCAACAAGUUAUGAUAUAGUGAGUCAAAAAUGUAUGGCAAGUCAAAUAGCUAAUUGUGGAAGAGCCAUUUAAGCAAUAUUCUACAAAUACAUUUAAAAAACAAAGAGAUGGUUGACAUACAAGAAAAUUUUUUUUUUAAUGUCAAACUAAUGCACAAUAAAUAAAAAUUUAAUACAAUACUAAAUUUCAUAUAACUAAUAAAAUACUGUGUAUUAUUGAAGAUAGACAUGGUGAAAAAUUGAGAAUUUGUUAAAAACGGAACAUUAAAUAAUUUCACAGUUUUUUUGUAAAAUUUAUCAUUAUAAUUUCAUAAUUAAUGUAAAUUUAGUGUAGCUUUGGUAUGUUUUUUUUACUCAAACUCAAAAAUUUCGCUAGUAUUGGUAAAAAGAAGAUACUGACCACUGAAUAUUAAAUUAUUAU